CGUAAUUUGACCAUACUUGAGGGGUGGUUGUAAUUUACCCUUAAUAAUAUCACACCAAAUCCAUUUUGCAUUGAUUUGACAUACAUAGUAUGUGCCAAAACUAACAAUUCUUUGAAACAAACAAUCCCAACAUAAUCUCCAACUGUUAAAACUUAAAAUUACAUAUUCCAAACACAAAAUUCAAUUUCUUGUUUUUAUUGGCCCUCCUUAAUUUACUCACAAUAUCUUUUUUAACUUGUAUUAAUUGUUUUAUUAUUAGUUCAACUAAAGUAGAUGAUGAUAUUAUCCAACAUUUUGCAUUAAUGUGGUAAUGACAAGUAGUAUCCCAUAAACCCCCCCUCCAAAUCUAGCUAAGAAAAUUAUUUAAUGUCCCCAUUUCUUUCUAGUUUUUAUCAAUAUCAAUUUCUUCCAUCUCUUUUCAACCAUUUUCUGCAACUCUUUUAUUACAAAGAUUUUGAUUGUUCAUCCAAAAUGGCUAAAAUGUCAAGCAACAACAUCCCAAUGAAUAACAUGAAGAAAACAGAGCAGAAAAUCAGCCAUCCGAGAAGAUUCUCAACCGGCAACUCGAUCGUCAAAAUCACCGAACCAACUCCAAUUCCAAUUCCAAAUUACCUCCGAGCUUCGAUUGGCUCAUGCCACGACUUCUGCAAGUACGGCCCAAAACACGGACUUCAACCCAAAUUAACAAGGCCUCCUCUUAGCCCAAAACCAAAAAACAACGUCGUGAAAAAUGUGUCGGUCGAGGAGAAAUCAUCAGACAAGAAUCACAAGGGCAAAAAGGUCUUAUUACCAUCUACUAAUAAGCCGGAACCUAGUCAAACGAAAAAUGCAGAAGCAACUAGGACAUUCUUGAAAGGCUCGAGUAACAUACGAACACGUACGAACGGGGGUAAAGACGUAAUUAGAGCAGCACCUAAAACAAGCAAGAAAACCACUUCUCUGCCUCCGGCUCGUUCGUCUUUGCCAAAACCAUCGUUCAAGGCUCCAACACCAAAGUUCAAGACAAACAAGAGCUCAUUACCUAAAAGGGCUCUUCUUCCUCAGUCGAAAACAAUCAAGACACGUGCUGUGAAACCCGAGGCAAAGAAAACAAAUUAUGAAAACGUCCCCGAGAAGAUAAUACACGUGGUUGAACAAAAAGACGAAAAAGCCCCUAGCGAGGAUCGGAAAGUGGAUUCGAACAAGAGCAGAACUACUACUACUACUACAAGGGGCGGAAGAGCAAAUAUUACUCCAGAAGAAACCGAUUCUUCUCCGAGAAAGCUGAAAUUCAGGAGAGGGAAGGUUCUAGAAGCCCGAAACGGAAGCGAAGGAUCGGUAACGGAAAAGGGAUUGAGGAGGGUAGGUUCCGAUAGGGAGUUCGUUCACAAGAAGAAUGAUUCUGCAAAGGGCUCUCUUCGCCGCCAGGGUAUCGAAUGGAAAAACAUGAAUACGACGGGAUUGUACAACAUCGUGAUUGAAGAGACAGCGAGCAAAUUGGUUAAGAUGAGAAAGAGUAAGGUGGAGGCUUUGGUUGGUGCUUUCGAAAAAGUUAUCAAGAUUCACGAUUACGAAAGCUCAAGGACUUCUUCGAAUUUCUAAUACACACACACACAAAAACUUAUAUAUAUACAUAUAUAGAUACAUAUAUAAUAUUGGGGAUAUAUGCCAAAUGCAUGUGACAUUUGAGCAUAAAAACACUUCCAUAAAAUAGCCACCAUGGUGAAAGGAAUUCACCACUAUAAAAAGGUGGCAAAAAACAUGGAUGUUUUUUUAGGGGUAGUAUAUUAUAGCAUAGUUUUUAUUAUGUCUAAAGGUCCAAAAGAUGUACUAUGGAGCCUUAUAUUGAACCGAGGCGCAAGAACGAUCGAUCGUCGUCUCAAAAUAUGUACUACUACUAA